AUGGGGACGGCGCGGGCGAGCGCGCGCACCGCGGCGCUGCUGCUCUGCGUCCUGUGCUACCUGCUGGCGGGCGCCGCCGUGUUCGACGCGCUCGAGUCCGAGGCGGAGAGCGGCCGGCGGCGGCUGCUGGCCCAGAAGCGCGGCGAGUUCCGGAGGAGGUUCGGCUUCUCGGCCGAGGACUACCGCGAGCUGGAGCGCCUGGCGCGGCAGGCAGAGCCGCACCGCGCCGGCCGCCAGUGGAGGUUCGCCGGCUCCUUCUACUUCGCCAUCACCGUCAUCACCACCAUCGGGUAUGGCCACGCGGCGCCAGGCACGGACUCGGGCAAGGUCUUCUGCAUGUUCUACGCCCUCCUGGGCAUCCCCCUGACGCUGGUCAUGUUCCAGAGCCUGGGCGAGCGGCUGAACGCGCUGGUGCGGUGCCUCCUGCUGGGGGCCAAGCGCUGCCUGGGCCUGCGACGGCCCCACGUGUCCACCGAGAACAUGGUGGUGGCCGGGCUGCUGGCGUGCGCCGCCACCCUGGCGCUGGGGGCCGCCACCUUCUCGCACUUCGAGGGCUGGUCCUUCUUCCACGCCUACUACUACUGCUUCAUCACCCUCACCACCAUCGGCUUCGGGGACUUGGUGGCGCUGCAGAGCGAGGAGGCCCUGCAGAGGAAGCCGCCCUACGUGGCCUUCAGCUUCCUCUACAUCCUGCUGGGGCUCACGGUCAUCGGCGCCUUUCUCAACCUCGUCGUCCUGCGCUUCCUGGCCGCCAGCGCGGAGGGGCCCCAGCGCGCUGCCCGCCUGGCCGGCUCGCUUCACCGGGCGGCGCCCGAGAGCCACGCGCGGCCCCGCCGAGCCCCCGGCCCCGGCGGCUCCAUCUGCCGCUCCUGCCGCCGCAUCCGGCAGCUGGAGAGGUGCGCCCGCGACAAUCUGGGCUUCUCGCCCCCCUCGAGCCCUGUGGCCGUGCGCGGCAGCAGGGCAGACAGGCCCCGGGCCCGGUCCAUCUGA